GUCCACUGAGAGGUAAUUCAAUAGUUUGGUACCAGCAGCUCAGAUCGUGCAAAGGCAGGACGACAUGAAAAUAUGUAACUGCGGUAGUUAUCAAUUUGGGACUGGAAUGUUGAACAUCAUGUUCUGUUGCAGAGAAAGAAAAUAGGAAAAUUGCUAUUACCCCCGCCUUAACUGUUUUGGGACACAACACGAUUGAGCUGCCCCAUCACUCUGACAUCUCGCUCUUGCCUGUGUGUGUGUGUGCGUGCGCGCGUCUUUAUGUAUGUGUGUGUGACACAGACAUUUGCAUAUCAGAGAUCCACCCACCACAGACAGAGGUAAAAGUAUUUUGACUUCAUGCUUCCAGACAAUAUUUGAAGGACAACACAGAGGCAUGUUGUAAACUUUCUUAACAUUAAGUGAUUCUUAAAGCAAGGCCACAAUCAAAGAUACAAUGGUGUUACCAUUGUGGACUGAGGGGACGUCUAAGCUAGAGACUGAACGCUGUAACACCCGCACCAGCCAUCAACAGUCAUGAAGUCCUCUAUCAUACUACGUGCUGCGCCAGGGAAUACCUUCUCCCAGUUGAAAGCUGGGCCUGUGCCUUCGCCAAGGUCCAGAAUCAACAACAAAUUUGAAUCCAUGGACACAGUGAAAAACAACUACCCCGCUGACUACACGAACCAAUGUCCUGUUCGUUCACCUCCCGAGCCACCAAAAUAUUUUUAUGUGGAUGCCAUUCAUCGAAAAAUAGCAGUCAAUAAUCCAACGUCAAUUACUGAGGAAUCUAUAAAGCUUCCAGCUCUCUAUCACAGAGAACUGCCGCCUCCUCCUCCACCUCGACCUCCUCUGGCCAACAUCAAUAAAAGACAAACUUCAGCUCAGCGGAAAUUUGAGCUCAGACCCCUCCCAACAAUUUGUGGUCUGCCUCCCGGCUCUUCAGUAAUGUCACCAACGGAGCCCUUGUACAUCGAGCUAGAGGAGCCUCGCUACUUGGAAAUUCUACCAUCAGAAAACGAUAUCACAUUUCAGGUACAAGGGACAUCAAGACCACGGAGAGGAAUAAACAACCAAAUAGACUUCAAUGCAAAUAUGGAUAUCCAGGAGCUAGUAAAAUGGAUGCGAAAACUUUCAAAGACUGCUCAAAUUCCUCCAACCUUGUAUGGACUCAGUACGGAGGAAGAAAUAAGAUCACUUCACCAGAGAACUAUGAAUACGACGCAGGUCCUUCGUCUCUUCAAUGUUCUCAUGAUACAGCGUAGUCAACAUCUGCGAGACUAUAUUUUUGAGUUUUGUUCCAUCUCGGAGCUUUUGGAAAAAGCCGACAAAAAUGUCAAAAGUAUGGGUAUUGUUGGAGGCACCACAGGUGCAGUGGGGGGAGUGGCCGCAGUGGUUGGGAUAGCCUUGGCACCCGCAACCAUGGGGGCCUCGCUGGUCGUUGCAGCUGUAGGUGUUGGUAUGGUGGGGGCAGCAGGAGGAAUGGGUGUCCGUGCUUCUAAGCCCAACAAGAAGAUUGAGGACAGAAAAAUUAUAGAGAAACUUGUCAAUGAUUACAUGUUGGAUGUUGCUGAUAUUGAACGGUGUCUGAAUGUGAUCCUCUCUGAGCUAAAGGAGCUGCAAAGGCACGAUCUUGUGAGGUUACAUCAGGCUGGAGCUCUGCCUGAGACAUUGAAAGUGGCACAAAAGUUGCAGUCUGUGAUAAAUAACAUAACAAAUGGUAGAAAUAAUGUGUACAGAAGUGGAACUUCUUCUGUGUUGCUGCUCAAUGCCUUUGUCACAGAAAUGGAUCAGUAUUUUAAGGAAAAGGGUAGAAAGAAAAAGCUAAAGAAGUCCAAUAAGAGCAAACUCUCAGCCAGAAUUCAACUGCUUGCUCGAAAUCUUCAGGAGGAGCUUGACUAUGUGAAUUUUGUGUGGAAAUGUGCAGUGAUAUGAAAAAAAAAAAUGUAAAAAAACCCCACAUACGUAUAAUCUUUGAUUUUAUUAUAUCCACUUGAUACUCUUUUCGUCUGAGAGGUGUUGCAUGAGGAUUAAAAUACAGUUUUUGUUUUAACAGUAUUUGAUUUCAUAUCUUAUCAAAUUAUUAAUUGGUGUCUUUUGUGUUGAUGUUGUUUACUUGUUGAACUCUGUAGCAUGUAUUUGAAGUAACUACUAUAUCAAUGAAUCAUGUGUAACUACUGUAUUGAUGAAUCCAUCCAUCCAUCCAUCUUCCGCUUAUCUGAGGUCUGGUCGGAGGGCAGCAGCUUGAGCAGGGCAGCCCAGACUUCCCUCUCCCCAGCCACUUUGUCCAGCUCUUCCGGGGGGAUCCCGAGGCGUUCCCAGCCCAGCCGAGAGACAUAGUCUCUCCAGCGUGUCCUGGGUCGUCCCCGGAGAUUCCUCCCGGUGGGGCAUAUCUGGAACACCUCACCAGGGAGGCGUCCAGGCGGCAUCCAAUCCAGAUGCCUGAGCCACCUCAUCUAGAUCCUCUCAAUGUAGAGGAGCAGCGGCUCGACUCUGAGCCCAUCCCGGAUGACCGAGCUUCUCACUCAAUCUCUAAGGGAGAGCCCGGACACCCUACGGAGGAAACUUCCAUCUGUGAUCUUGUUCUUUUGGUCACAAAACGCAGCUCGUGACCAUAGGUGAGGGUAGGAACGGCUGGUAAAUCGAGAGCUUCGCCUUUUGGCUCAGCUCCUUUUUCACCAUGACAGAUGGAUACAGAGACCGCAUUACUGCAGAUGCUGCACCAGUCCGCUCUUCGACUGCCCGCUCCAUUCUUCCCUCACUCGUGAACAAGACCCCCGAGAUAGUUGACCCCCUCCACUUGGGGCAGGACACAGUCAAGCACCUUCUUCAAGUCCACAAAGCACAUGUAGACUGGUUGGGCGAACUACCAUGGACCCUCAAGCACCCUGAUGAGGGUGUUGCGCUGGUCCGCUGGCCCACAGCCAGGACGAAAACCACAUUGCUCCUCCUGAAUAUGAGAUUUGACUUCCAGAUGGAACCUCCUCUCCUUACUCUUACCUUUUACUUAAGUACAGGAAUUGAGUCAGUACUACUACUUUUACCAUUUUUUAAACAACUGUUUGUAUAAAUGACUUUCAUAUGAAGUAUGUAAUUGUGACAAGUACAUUACAGAAAUGUGGAAAUGCA